AAUCCCCUAGUUGGUGGGAAUGAGGCUGCCGUUUUCUAAGUUAUUUGUGAUUAUAACCAUGGCUACCCCCUGUUCUAGCACUUGGUCCACAUCUUUUCUGCAAUCUGCUAAAAGAGGGAGUAAAGGGCAGCCUAGGGAGCCCCAACACUAGCUGGAGGAGGGUCUGGAUUACUCAGAGGUCAAGUCCAAGGCUGUAUUGCAUAGUCCCUCUUCAGCACUGCUGUGAUCAAGUGCUUGUAGGAAAGCCAUAGAGCAGAUGUGUGUAGAGGAAGAACGUUGUGUAGUCAAAAAGCAAGGUUGUUACUCUUAUCUUGAGCAGAGAACUGUGUGAACAGUAGGGCUUUGUGCUUUUGACAGAGUGUGAAAGAGGGAGCCUGUAUUACUCUGAGACUGGGCCUGACCUGCCUCUGUCUAGUCAGCCGAAGUGAAUGGGGUCAGGGUUUGCUGCCUUCAUCUAUGCAGUCACAAAGGUGAAGAUGAUCCUGGAGAGUAUAUUCCCUCCCAGGAGGCCUUGGCCUCACGCCCCAGCAACCUUGCUAAAUAACACCUUUGUCUGAGAUAGGGUUAUGCAUCUUCUCUUCUGCAUCCUCAUGACAAGUCUAGAUGGCUUAAGAUCAAGAAGUGAGGACAUGGCCGUCGACCAUCCCUCCAGGCAGCUCUGAAGUAGGGCCAUGCACACUGCCUUCCUGUUAGAGCCCUAGAGGAUAAGAGAAGCUCGCUGCUGGUGAGAGGGGGGCAUGACCAGGAUUCCCGGAGCUGGAAGAUCUUCGGCGCCACCAACUUUGGAGAACAAGGAAGAACAUGAAAGAGAUGUGGCCCCUCUUAGCCGUGAGGACCGUGACAGAGGACGCUCGGAGGAGCUGCUGGCACACCCACAGCCCUCUGACCUUGACCCAAGUAUGCAGGCCCCACCCUGCAGCCACCCGGCGGGGCUCAGCCUGGACGACUUCAUCCCUGGCCACCUCCGGGCCCAUGUAGGGCCAUUCUCCAGGGGGACUCGGGUGCCUGUGAUCCGGAAUGGUGGCUCCAACACCCUUAAUUUCCAGUUCCAUGAUCCUGCGCCCAGGACGGUGUGCAAUGGGUACUUGCCAACCCGGAGAGAGGCCUCCCGGCACCCAGACCCUGCUUGGUAUCAGACCUGGCCAGGCCCUGGGAGCCGGCCCGCGGGGACCCAGAAGACCCCCGCCUCCCAGCACCCCCAGAACUGGUCAGCCACAUGGACCAAGGACAGCAAACGACGGGAUAAGCGCUGGGUCAAGUACGAGGGAAUCGGGCCCGUGGACGAGAGCGGCAUGCCCAUUGCCCCCCGAUCUAGUGUUGACAGCCCUAGAGACUGGUACCGGAGAAUGUUCCAUCAGAUUCACCGGAAAAUGCCAGACCUGCAUCUGGACUGGACCUUCGAGGAAGCACCCAAAGUGGCUUCCUCCUGUGCCACCUCUGCAGACUCAAGGUGUCCAGGGCCCCAGCAAAGACCUGCAUCCCGGCCAGGCCAGGCCUCCUCUCUGAGCGGAAGAAGCUGGGACCCCUCUGGAGAGUAUCCUAGAAGCACCUUCAACUGUAACCCUGGAGCAUUCUCCUCCCUGCCCAGGACCCCGAAUCAGGUGCCCAGACGCAGAGAGAAAGCAGACAAUGUCUGGACAGAAGAAUCUUGGAACCAGUUUCUGCAAGAACUAGAGACUGGGCAGAAGCCCAAGAAACCUCUGGUGGAUGACCCUGCUGAGAAGCCCUCCCAACCCAUUGAGGUCCUGCUGGAGAGAGAGCUGGCCAAGCUGAGCGCGGAGCUGGACAAGGACCUGCGGGCUAUUGAGACCCGGCAGACAACUCCCAAGGGUUCCCAGGUGCCCCGGCCGCCCCAGGAGCCACGGUCCUCCGCGCGCCCGGCCUCUGCCUGGAGCCUCAGCAACCCGAAUGCACUUUACCGGGGCUCCUCCUGGCCCCUGAGCCCCCACAGAAUGGCGGAUGGAGGAAGCCCCUUCCUAGGUCGUAGGGAUUUUGUCUACCCUUCCUCAACCCGAGACCCUAAUGCCUCUGAACGAGGGGUCAGCCCUGCCAGGAAGGAAGAAAAGAAGAGGAAGGCUGCCAGGCUCAAGUUUGACUUCCAGGCACAGUCCCCCAAGGAGCUGACCCUGAAGAAGGGUGAUAUUGUCUACAUCCACAAGGAGGUGGACAAGAACUGGCUGGAGGGGGAACACCAUGGCCGGCUGGGCAUCUUCCCUGCUAACUACGUGGAGGUGCUGCCUGCCGAUGAAAUCCCCAAGCCGCACAAGCCCCCGACCUACCAGGUGCUGGAGUAUGGAGAAGCCGUGGCCCAGUACAAUUUCAAAGGGGACCUGGAGGUGGAGCUGUCCUUCCGAAAGGGGGAGCGCAUCUGCCUGAUCCGGAAGGUGAACGAGAACUGGUAUGAGGGGCGCAUCUCGGGCACCGGGCGCCAGGGCAUCUUCCCGGUCAGCUACGUGCAGGUGUGCCGAGAGCCCCGGCUCCGCCUCUGCGACGAGGGCCCCCAGCUCCCCGCGUCUCCCAGCAUGACCGCCGCCCGGCUAGCUGCCCGGCACCCCGGCUCCCCAGUAACACCACGCAGUCCAGCUGACCCCACCGACUGGGGGGGCCGGACCUCCCCCCGCCGCACCGGCUUCUCCUUCCCCGCCCAGGAGCCCAGAUCCCAAACCCAGAGUCUCAGCACCCCUGGGUCUUCUCUGUCCCAUCCUGGAGGUUCCAGCCGUGCCGCGGACCUGGGGACCUCCUCCCACAACACCCCUCAGAUACACUGGACCCCGUACCGGGCGGUAUACCAGUACAGGCCCCAGAACGAGGACGAGCUGGAGCUGCGGGAGGGGGACCGGGUGGAUGUCAUGCAGCAGUGCGAUGAUGGCUGGUUUGUGGGUGUCUCCCGGAGGACCCAGAAAUUUGGGACAUUCCCUGGAAAUUAUGUAGCUCCGGUGUGAGAGGUCUCCAUGGCAACUCAGAGCCCAGCCAGGAUGGAGUGGAGAGCAGUAGCACUUCUCAGAGGGAGAGAGGACCCCCUUCCCA